UUAAAAUAUAUAGGUAUGUGAGCUAGCACUUUGCCCUACCUUCCCAAUAAUAUCACAAAGUUCAAUUACUGAAUCAGGACUCCUCCAGUUCAUCUAAAAUCUCUUUCUAAACAACAAUGUUUCGUGUUCGGCAUACUACGGUUUCACGAUCAAUAAAAGUUCUGAAAAGAUGCAAGAGUACGCUGGUCAUAGCUGAACAUAACAAUGAAAAAUUAACACCAUGCACACUUAACACUAUAACAGCUGCCACUAAAAUUGGUGGCGAUAUUUCAUGCUUGGUUGUUGGCAGCAAUUGCUCAAAGGUUGCAGAAGAAGUGAGUCAAAUCAAAGGUGUUUCUAAAGUUCUUUUAGCGGACAAUGAAGCUUUUAAAGGAUUUUUGCCUGAAAUUGUGGCACCAUUUUUACAAGCUACACAACAACAGUUUAAAUUUACACAUAUUUUAGCUCCCGCAACAGCCACAGGAAAGAAUAUUUUGCCAAGAUUAGCUGCUAAACUUGAUGUUUCUCCUAUAUCAGAGAUAACAGGAGUUCAAGACGAUAGUACAUUUAUAAGGACAAUUUAUGCAGGUAAUGCUGUUCAAACUUUAAAGUCUGAUGAACCAGUUAAAAUUAUAACUGUUCGGGGAACAUCAUUUGAAUCAGCAGCAGUUGGAGGCAAAGCAUCUACAGAAAAAGUAUCAGUUCCUGUUGAAAAUAGUACUUCAUCUGAAUUUGUUGGUCAAGAAUUGAGCAAAAGUGAUCGUCCAGAACUAACUUCUGCUAAGGCUGUUGUUGCAGGAGGACGAGGAAUGAAGAAUGGUGAAAACUUUAAGCUGUUAUAUGACCUAGCAGAUAAGCUCAAUGCUGCUGUUGGAGCAUCCCGUGCUGCAGUAGAUGCUGGAUUUGUAGCUAAUGACCUUCAAGUGGGUCAAACUGGCAAGAUAGUAGCACCUGAACUGUACAUUGCUGUGGGUAUAUCUGGAGCCAUACAACAUCUGGCUGGAAUGAAAGAUAGUAAAGUCAUUGUUGCAAUAAAUAAAGAUCCAGAGGCUCCUAUAUUUCAAGUUGCUGAUUAUGGAUUAGUGGAAGAUCUUUUCAAGGCUGUACCAGCCAUGACUGAGCUGAUAAGUAAAAAGUGAUUCCAGGAUUGAGCUGCAUGUUUAGGUGAUUUAUUCCUGUCUGUGAUGCUCAUUGAUCUUCAUUGAGUUCAAGUUUUAAUAUUUUUACAAGAUACAGCAUAACCAAUUGAGGUCUACAAUUAUCUGCAUAAUUGUAUAUUUGAGUACUUAUCAAAUUCUACUUUGAAAAUAGGCAAAUGUUUUUUUAUUAUCUAAAUAUACUUUCAUAGAAGACUUUUUUGCUUGAAUUGUUUGUCUUGAUGUUUCUGUUAUGGUCUGGGUUUUUGUUUUUUUUUUAAAUUAUUUUGUGCAUGUGUACAAAGAAGCAGAACACAAACUUACCAGGUACAUUUAAUAGACAGGAUUACACAGAUAUGAAACUUGAUUUUAUUUUCUGAAUGACUUGUCAUCCUAGAGUUGGUGAUAGAUUUGUUUUGUGCAUACGAAGAGUUUUGUGACCUUUGAAGUAUCAGAGAAAUUAAACAUUUUGUCAUUGUAUUUAUUGA